GGUGUGAAUCCUAUAAAGAUAAUUUCAAUAACAAACUGGCCAAUCGUUAUUUUGAGAAGAUAAUUAAAAAUUAUUUUUUAAUUUUUAAUUUAUUUUAGAUCCUAUAAAUUUUCACAUUUUUUACGCAUUAUUUAAAAAAAAAAAUUUAAAAACUAACUUCUAUUAAUAUUCCCAAACUCAUCAAUGAAAUGAAAUAUACUUUUCUUGCUCUUUCUUGAGAGCUCCUUCCUCUUUGGUUUUUUUGCAGGUUUUCUUUUUUGCUUUCUCUCUCUCUCUAGGGGUUUGCUUUGAAUUUUCCCGGGAAAAUGGUGAGGCAAAGGAUUCAGAUCAAGAAGAUCGACAACGUGACGUCGAGGCAGGUGACUUUUUCUAAGCGAAGAAAAGGGCUUUUCAAGAAAGCUCAAGAACUCUCAACCCUCUGUGAUGCUGAGAUAGCUCUUAUUGUCUUCUCUGCAACUGGCAAGCUUUUUGAGUUCUCCAGCUCAAGUAUGAGGCAGGUAAUUGAAAGGCAUAAUUUGGAAUCAGGCAAUUUGGUGAAUCUAAACCAACCAUCUCUGGAGCAGCAGCUCGAGAAUAGUGGGUGUACCAUUUUGAGCAAGGAAGUUAACAAGAAGAUUCAUGAAUUGAGACAACUGAGGGGAGAAGAGCUCCAAGGACUUGAUGCGGAAGAGUUAAAGAAUCUAGAGAAAUCACUUGAAGGAGGAUUAAGCCGUGUAUUAAAGACGAAGGGUGAGAUAAUGGAGAAAGAAAUCACUGCCCGUGAGAGAAAGGAAGCCAGAUUGGUGGAAGAGAAUGUGUGGUUGAAACAGAAAGUGCCAAUGGAGAUAGUGAAGAUAGGACAAACACAUGAUGAUCAACAGGGCCAGUCUGCAGAAUUUAUCACCAACAAUGGCAGCUCAGCAGCUCCUCCUCAAGACAAUGGCAGCUCUGACACUUCCCUCAAGUUAGGACUACCUUUUCCAGAACUGAAUUUGAGGGCUAGGAUGAUCAAUGCAUGAUAACUUUGGUAAGUAAUAAGAUAGUAUAGAGUCUGAAUCAUUGUUUUCAAUAUAUAUAUGAUGUGUAUCAGUGUAUGUUUUGAAUUCAGAUCCAAUUUCUCUAGCAUUCAACAAGUAAAAUUUCACAAUCUGUAUAUUUGAGAAUUUAAGUUUUGGAUGGUUGGCUUUUGUAUGUAAAUAAAGUAAAAGCAUUGAGAAUCUGAGAUGAGCUAAAUAGAGAUUUACAGCAAGUUAAUGAGCA